AUGAACUGCCUCGAUCUUGUGUUCACCAAGUCGUCUGACAACAUCGACGUUGUGAAUUGCCUCCCCCCGUUGGGUCAGAGUGACCAUGUAGUUCUCAUGUGGGAAUACACAUUAUUCUCCCUUCCUGCACAACCGCUCGAUUCCCGACCCAAUAUUUGGCGCGGCGAUUUCGAACAGAUGAAAAAGGAUCUUAGUCCUAUCGACUGGGCAUCCACUCCCUCCGGCGAUGUCGAAGAGGCUUGGUGUCAGUUCAAAGAGUUAGUCCACAACCUCAUCUCCAACCACUGCCCAAUCAUGCGCAAAAGACUAACAAAUAGACCUCGCUGGUUGACUCCGUCGUUAAAGAAGGAAGUUAACAAGAAGAGGAAGCUAUGGAAAAGAUCGCUGACGGAUCGCACGCCAGAAUCCCUAAGCAGUUAUAAGUUACAGAGAAAUCGGGUCAAAAUUCUCAUCGCCAGAGAUAGGAAAGCUUUUGAAAAGAAUCUUUUGAACCGUGCCAUGAUUAAUCCAAAAAUCCUUUACAGCUACAUAAGACAGAGCACACGGAACAAAGAUCCUGUCCCACUGCUGCGAACGGCUAAGGGUGUGGAAAUCUCUGAUGACAAGGAUAAGGCUAAACAUCUCUCUCAGUUCUUCCGAUCAGUCGUGACAAGUGAACCUGCUUUUUCCUCACCCACUUAUGAAGACGAUGGAACGCCUACCCUCGAAGCCGUCUUCUUCACCGAAACAAUUGUUCGGAGUGAGUUACUAAACCUAAAAGAAUCGACCUACCCAGGCCCUGAUGCAAUCCCGGCCAAGCUGCUGAAGGAACUAGCUUCCGAAAUGUCCAAGCCGUUAGCCUUGAUCUUUCAAACGUCAUUUGUUACUGGAUGCCUGCCCUCUGACUGGAAGUCCGCUACCAUCACUCCGCUUUUCAAGGGCGGAAGUCGUGCGUCUGCGAAUAACUACAGGCCAGUGAGUCUUACCUCCAUCUGUUGCAAAAUCAUGGAGAAGAUCAUUAAGAAGGCCUUGGUGCAGUUCCUCGAGCAGCACCAUCUCCUUUCUGAUGCCCAACACGGCUUUCGAAGUGGUAGGUCCUGCCUCACGAAUCUGCUCUUUACGCUCGAACGCUGGACCAAAGCACGUGAUGAAGGCAAGGUGGUGCACGCCAUCUACAUUGACUUCAAAAAGGCUUUCGACAGCGUUCCUCAUCAACGUCUCUUGUACAAACUGCGCAACGCUGGAAUUCGUGGACGCCUUCUUGUAUGGAUCCAGAGCUUUUUGGCUGGACGGUCCCAGAGAGUGCAGGUCGGGCGUCAACAGUCGUCAGAUGUAAGCGUGGUGAGUGGCGUCCCACAGGGCUCAGUCCUAGGUCCAACGUUAUUCCUCGUUUUCAUAAAUGACUGCGUCAAGGACUUAGACUAUGAUACCAUCCUGUUUGCCGACGACAUUAAAUUGUGGAAAGUUAUUCACAAUGCGGCAGACGCAAACCACCUGCAAGCAAACCUGAACAGACUCGAAGACUGGUCGAAGCGCUGGCUUAUGCCCUUCAAUAUAAGCAAGUGCAACUUUCUUCAACUAGGCAGCUUCAGAACCUCCACCCCCAGGACUUACUUUCCAGAGGGCACACCACUGCAACAGGUUGACAGUCAGAAGGAUUUGGGUGUAUGGAUUACAUCUUCACUCAAACCAACACUGCACUGCGCGAAGGCGGCUAAAUCGGCUACGGCCACAUUGCAACUCAUUAGGCGAGCAUUUAUGGGAUUUGACCCUGACUGCUUCUCCAAAAUAUUUGGCACCUUCGUGCGACCUCAUCUAGAAUACGCCAUACAGGCGUGGAGACCCUGGACUGCCAAGGAUUAUACCGUCUUGGAGAACGUCCAGAGACGGGCGACCAAAAUGACACAAGGUCUGGGAGCACUGCCCUAUGAAACCAGACUGUCAAUCCUCAACCUGUUCCCCCUUUCCUACAGGCAAUUACGUGGUGACCUUAUACUAACAUUUCGCAUCAUCAACGGCCUAGACUGUUGUUUAGAUCCCACUGAUUAUUUCACCCAAGCUAACACGCCCAAUUUGCGCGGUCAUCCCCUGAAACUGCGCGCAGGGAAAUCAAGAACCAAUGGACGAAAGUCCUUUUUCAGUAACAGAGUGGUUGCAGCCUGGAAUGCCCUACCUACCGAUGUUGUAACCUCUUCCUGUGUGAACUCCUUCAAGUGUAGACUUGACCUGCAUCAAGCUUCCCAAUUACCACCCCCACAUCCACUCACAUAA